UUUGAUGCAGCGCGGGCGCUAGUUCAAACGUUGCGUUCGAACAAGUCAUUCCCCCCUAAAUCUGCUCCACCAAGGGAACGCCUUCGUGUUACUGUGCAGACAGAUUUGAACUGCUUUGAAUGAAGAUCAGCGCGACUUAUAUCGGACCCCAAUUUAUGUCGUUUUAUAUCAUAUUGUGAUUCGAUCGUAAACCUUUAAGGAGAAAAAAGAGACAGAUGACCUCGAUUUACGAAGACAAGGACCCUAGCGCUUUAGAGUUAGCAGAGGAGCUCAGCCAAGUAAACUGCCAGGAUGAGCUGGACUUCAGUUACCUGUUCGAGUACGACCCACCUUGCGGCGAUUUUCCGGGGGAAGAUCAAGAUGAGCCCAAUCUCUCCUCACACAAAAUCCUCAGUCCUCCCUCGGGUUUGGGCUACCCUCUUGAGGAGGCCUACGACAUCAAGUCUCCUUACAACAGCCAGCCUCCCCCCGAGGCCCUCGCAGGUUACGAGCAGCAUUCAGACAGCAAGAACUACCAGGAAAACCCCAGGACGGUCGGGCUUGCCGUGAGUCCGCGGAUUGAGAUCACGCCCGUGCCCCUGUACCACCACAGCAGCGGCUCCCUCCAAGCCCAUCCACUGAAUAUCAACCCCAGGCCCACCCUCACUGUCCCCGGCCACGAUAUCCUGGCCCACCGCGAGCCUCCUUGCCUUAGCCCCGCGAGCAGCAACUCCUCCACCAGCUGGCAGUCCGAGAGCUUCUCCCCCUGGACGUCGCCCUGCGUCUCCCCCAGCAACGGCCAGGCAGUGGGGGAACUCUGCCCCCGCUUCCAGAGCAUCCACACCGGCUCCCCCCGCACCUCCCCGGGCACCUCCCCCCGCACCAGUGUGACGGAGGAGAGCUGCCUGGCCCCACGCUCGCCGUCGCCCAGGCCCGGAUCCCGCUCCACCUCCCCGCAGGGCAAGCGCACCUACGACAUGUACAAGAACCCGGGCCUGGCUGCCAUGCACCGGUCCCGCAGCCCCUCCCCCCACAGGGCCCCUGAGGAGCCCCAGGCGGGGCAUUACACCCACCCAGCCGGCCUGCCCGACGCCACCAACGGCUUCAACAGCGGACCGCACGGUUCCAUCCCCACCAAGAUAGUCAGAACGACCAACCCCGCCUACUCCCUCUACCUGGACAAUCAGCCAGAGAGCUACCUGGUGCCCUGUGGUGACCAAGACGUGAAGAGCAAGCCUGGGGCGGAGUCCUUCUUCGUCAUCCCACCCAUCUGGUCUAAACCGCUGGUCUGCAGCUUUCCUGUGACGGUGCCGCCCCUCGAGUGGCCUCUCCCCAGCCGCAAUGACCAAUACGAGCUCCGCAUCGAGGUGCAGCCCAAGCCUCACCACCGCGCCCACUAUGAGACCGAGGGCAGCAGGGGCGCGGUCAAGGCCCCCACCGGCGGCCACCCGGUGAUCCAGCUGCACGGUUACACAGGCAAAGACCCGCUGGGCCUGCAGAUCUUCAUUGGCACCGCCGACGAGAGGAUCCUCAAGCCUCACGCCUUCUACCAGGUCCACCGCAUCACCGGCAAGACUGUCACCACCACCAGCUAUGAGAAGAUUGUCAACAGCACCAAAGUCCUGGAGAUCCCGCUGGAGCCCAAAAACAACAUGAGAGCUGUGAUUGACUGUGCCGGGAUUCUGAAACUGAGGAACGCGGACAUCGAGCUGAGGAAAGGCGAGACGGACAUCGGGCGGAAGAACACUCGCGUGCGUUUGGUGUUCCGAGUACACAUACCCCAGUCCGGGACGCAGCACGUGUCUCUGCAGGUGGCCUCCCAUCCCAUCGAAUGCUCACAGAGAUCGGCCCAUGAGCUCCCCAUGGUGGAGAAGCAGGACAUGGACAGCUGCUCUGUGCUGGGGGGCCAGCAGAUGAUCCUGACCGGGCAGAACUUCACCUCUGACUCCAAGGUCGUCUUCACCGAGAAGACACACGAUGGACAGCAGAUCUGGGAGGUGGAGGCUACAGUAGACAAAGACAAAAGCCAGGCUAGCAUGCUGUUUGUGGAGAUCCCGUCGUACCGGGACCCGGCCAUUUGCCACUCGGUCAAGGUGAACUUCUAUGUGAUCAAUGGCAAGAGGAAGCGCAGCCAGCCCCAGCACUUCACCUACACCCCGCUGGCAGUUCCUUCCAUUAAAACGGAGCCCGUGGAUGAUUACGAGGCCAGCCAGAUGGGCUUCCAGAUCUUGGGGGUGUCGCCCCAGUCGUACUACCACGCCCCCCGCGGGCUUGUCAACCCCGACGGCUGCCUGGUGGCAGGCAUGGCUCCCUGCCAGCAGGUGCACUCGGGCUACCAGCAGCAGAGCCCGGCCAUCGUGUACCCCCGCGGGACCCGGAGCCUAAGCAGCAGCCCCGUGCUCUACCAGCAGCCAGGCGUGGCCGCGCCCGACCCCCACCGCUCCGUCCUGGUGCACACCGGCUCCCCGGCCCACCAGCAGCAGCAGCAACACUCCACCUCCCCCGGCCAGCACCCCUCCAUCAUCCAGUUCUCCCCCACCAACCACCUCCUCCGAGGGGGCGCCCCGCCGCCUGAGCACCAGCACGCCCUCUACUGCGACGGCUACCCCCAGGGGGCGGUGGCAGCGCGCUCCCCGGCGCCCGCCCAGGUCGCCCAGCACUACCCUACCGUCAUCCAGCAGCAGCCCUACGUCCAGAAGAUGCCCAAGAGCAGGUCCCCCCCAGGCCACAUCGACCCCCAGAGGUGCCCUGCUGCGGAGGACCAGAGGCCCGGCCUUCCCGGGCGGGUCACCGUCAAGCAGGAGAACCUGGACCAGGCUUACCUGGAUGAUGUUAACGAAAUCAUAAGGCAAGACCUGACUGGAGUCCACGGAGGUCACAGAAGUCAGACAUAGAGGAAGGAGCCAAGUGGACCCCUGGGGCUUCUCCGUGGUGUCGCCUCGGAGACCCUCACCCGCCACCCCUCCUCCCACACCACCCGUCCACCCGCCGCCUGCCCCCCUAAAUUCCAGCUGCACUUGGCUUGACUCGAACUUUCGCCUUUAGGACCAAAGAUCGGCGAGAUCCUCCGCCCAGCUCUGCUUCGUUUUUGCUGCAACCUCCGCCUCGAUGCCUCCUGGACAAAAGGAAAACAAAGAAAAACAAGCAGGACCAUGCCUUAUUCUGUGAGGCCACAGGUCUCUAGGUCACAGACAAAACUGUGCGUCAUUUUCACGUGUUCAAUGGAGUGCCAUGUUGACAAGUAGGCUGUGAAAGAGAUUCAAUCAAUUUGUCAAAAGUAGCCGAUGCUUCAACAUUUGCGCUGCUGGGUUUUCCAUGACAUCUAGGAUUGACAGGAAUGUGCAUUUACGACUUCAGUUUACGACUUCAGUUAACACAUUUCAAAAAACAUAAUCUGAUGGCCUAAUAAACUUGGUAGUAAAUGAAGACAGAGGAAAGAAGAGAUAAGUAGGGAGCAAGACAAAAAAAUUCCCACAUGUCACAUGGUUACUCUCUCAGAAGCUCAGAACCAGUGUGUUUGAGAUGGAAUGUAACUUGCAAUUGCACAUUGGAAGCAUUGAAUAUGUUAGUCACUUAGUUCCAUUUGCAUUAACACUGCCAUGAUCCAUCCUUUCCCUACAUAAUAGCUACCAGUGUAAAAAAGAAGUGAAAUUCUGAAUAUCUGUGGUGGGGUCCUUUGUUUUUUGUAUGGGAUAUAUCCAUCCCAAAACUUUAGCAUGGAAUUAAUGU